GGGGGACUUGGGGACGCGUACAGAGUCCCCCCGUCAUUUCUGUGCGUUGAGUUGGUAAUUUCACCUUUUCCGCUACGAGUCUCUCUACUCUCCUCCUCUCAUUCCCUAGUUCUCUGGCUCAACUUUUCAACGAGUCAACGAAUAUACUAACCUACGGAGGAAUGAGUUUUACGUCUUGACACUUUCACUGGAGCCUAUAUCUAACGACUUAUCAACGACUUACCAACGACCUACGACACCCAUCAUGCCGUCCAUGCUUGGUCUCACCACCGACCCGUCCCCGCACGGGCUCAACGCCCCUCGCCCCGGGCAGGGGCAGGGGCAGGGGCGAUUCGACGAGUCCUCCACCCAAGACAAGCAACUAGCCACCCGCGGAAGCCGCGCCAUGGCAGGCGGCGCACCCGACAGCAGCGAGAGUCGCAGCCCCCAGCCCCAACAACAGACACAGAAACAGCAGAAUGCGCCGGACGACAACAAGGGCAAGGAGAACACCAUCAAGGCGCGGAACCACGCCGCCGCCGUCGAGAUGGAGAAGAUCCUCUGGCAAUCCCUCUGCGACAGACCGAGGUCGGCCUUGAAAUACAUGGGCAAAGACGCCGUCAUGUCGAACUGGCCUCUCUUCGGCGACUCGGAUCCGCGGGAGGGUGACGAUCUGCGCGAGUCGCUCGAGAAUGCCGAUAUUGAGUUCCUCUCCACCCGCAUGGGCGAUCCCCACGUCGUCGAGGUCGGUCUCAUGGCUGUGGCCCUUGUCUACCCCAUUACGCUGUUCCAGCCCAGUGGGAAGCCUGAUGCGGAUGGGAGUAUCCGGGUCAAGACCAUUGAGGCGUUGGUGUCGAGCUCUUGGAGGCAGGUUGCUAGCGGAGAUUGGGAGAUGACUUCGACCAUGGUUGCGUGAGGUUGUCUGGUGAUGUGUUUUACAAGGGGUUGGGGUGUUCUCGUUUUUCGAAGUUGGCUCGGCCUCUUGCUUUCUUGGAAAUGAUAAGCAGGUUGAUUGCAUUGUAUUAUACCAUGUAUGUCCAGCCAAGCUAGUUCUAGUGUCGUCCAGUAGUCAGGAUUAUAUUCCGUAGUAACAACAAUGACAGCACA